UAUUAUUGACAGGUACCCGGAUAUUCAAGUAUCGUAACGCCAUGAUUGACGUAUUGUGGACAUAGAGAUAUUAUAUAUAGCCUGACCUCCAGUUGAACAACAACUAAAAAAAGAAAGAAAACCGCUGUACCCUACCUCUCCCUGUCGACCAGUUCAUUUUUAUAUCAUUUUUUGUUUUUUAUUUUGAAUAGUCACGCACAUAGUUUACCUUCACAUUAAUAAAAGCACGGAAAUAGAUAGGGUACCGGGUUUUUUUCCUAUUUUCAACGGAGAGACAUUUUUACUUACAAGCAGGUCUGUGUCUCCCCUGCUUUAUUCGUAAUACCUCUGUGAUUGGAGACGGUGGGAGAUACUGAGACUGGUAUUGAUCCGGUGAGGGCGCCCGCGUCAUUACUCCCAUCAAUACUCAGUCCAAGUAACGGAGUCGCGAUGGAAAGUUGUGUCGCCGAUGAUAGUGAGUACGUCGAGUACAAAGUUCCUCCAAGUGAGAUGCUUCAAGAUAAAAGCAACAAUAAUGAUGACGUUCUUCGGACUUUCAUUGAAACAUACGAAGCUCUUCCGGAACUGUGGAAUUCUAUGCACACGUAUUACUCGAACAAAGCAAGAAGAAACCUAGCUUUGGAUAAAUUGGCAGACAUUUAUGGUAAAUUAAAACCGGGUGCCAAUCGCGAUGACGUGAGAAAGAAAAUAAAUACCCUUAGGUCAAAUUAUCGAAAAGAAUUGAGGAAAAUUGCGGCAAUGAAGAGGUACGGAAAUGGAAAGACCGAAGAUUAUCAGCCGGCAUCAUGGGUAUUCCACGCUAUGAAGUUCAUCGAUAACUGUGAUCAACCACUCAAUGGAAGCGUAGCAGUAGCAACGAACUCGAUUCAGCAUGAUGAUGGAUUACAAACUUCAGAAUUUGGCCAGACGUACAACAAUGUUGCUCCCGAAGAAGAUUUUAAAGAACACUCGCCGGAACAAUUCUAUUCAGAAGCAUCGAGAUCAUCAAUUAUUCCGCCGCCACCACGAUCUGAAAAUGAGCAGCAAGUGUUUGGGACAACUGCCACACAGAACGAACUGUUGUCCUUAGCUUAUAAAUACCUAAAGAAGAUGGACAAACCACAGGAAGAUAUGCUCAGUAUCGCAAAAGUGUGGGGCGAGAAGCUCAGAACUCUAGAUCAUCACCAAAGGUUAUUCGCUGAGAAAGCGAUUAACGACGUAUUAUUUGAAGCGAGUUUGGGAAAUCUUCACAGAUAUUCGGUAAAAAUUAACGAGGAUUCCUAUCAUUAAAAGAAGCGAAAUGAAUAGCGUUUAUUGUCUAUUUGCAGUAGAUGGUACAUAAAUGUAAAAAUAUUUCUUAACUUUUAUAUAAUAAAUUAAUAUGGACCGAUAAACUUAUUUGUUGAUGUGACGUGGGACGCGAUUCCCGCGUCACAGUUUUUUUUUCUUUUUUUUUCUUAUUAUGAGUAUUAUUAUUAUUAAAUUUAUUCUUAGUUUUAUAAGUAUUGGAAUUAUUGAAAUUUAGUGGUUUAAUCAAUGUAAACAAUACUAUGGAUGAUAUUUAACUUGCCUAUCGACAAGGUCAGGUCUUUGACACUACAGUUCCGUACGGGCCCUGACUCGUAAGUGAAUUUCUAAGUGAUAAUUUAAAUAGAGAUAUAAGGAUGCGAACGGAUUUAAGAAUUAUAAAAUUAUGAAUUAUCAAAGCAGUUUUCUGCUAUAAUAAAGUUACUGUAUUUAAUUAAUAGAAUUUUUACAAUUUUAGUAGAAUGGCAGUACAAUUGAGAAUAAUAUAAAUUUUAUUAUAAUUAUUUGCCUUGCGAAUAAUGCCCAAAAUAUAAAAAAAAAAUGUACAAAUUUUCCCAUUAAAUUAGACACGAUCUUUCAUUCUUUCGUUCGGAUUUUACAAGAAUGUACACACAUACACUCAUAUAAAACUGUCAGAAUAAUUAUACAAUAAAUUAUAACCAAUUGGGUACCACCCGAGAACAUCAAUUAGGGAUCACCCGGAAAUGAAAUAUCAUUUUUGAUGUUCCGAAUGGUCACAAUGAUGUGAAAGUACAUAUAAUAAUAUUGUAUUGGAGUAAACACUCGCCUUAAGAUUUACUGUAAAAUUUAUCGAUCUAUCGACACGCACGGAUGUUGGUCGUCGGAUGUCCUGGACAGGGGAGAAGCACACACAGACACGUGAAAAAUUAUGAAUUACGGAAUAACGGAUAAUCAACACUUGAGAAAAAUUAAAACAAUUGAUUUAAAAUUAAAAUAUUUUAAAUGAAUUCAAUAAUUAGAAAAAUUUAAGAACAAAGUUAGGUUUUUACGAGGAACUAGAGUCCUUGCCUACCACUCACUUUUAAUAAUAUAAACGAGUUAACGCGGUACACAACUCUGCUCAAAUAUAGUUUGCUCGGACUAUUCACGCGCUCGACGCGACUGUACGAUGAAAAGUGAUUUUGACUUCGCUGCUUUGAGCGCAACUCGGUGCGAUGUUUACAAAGUGCUUGCGCUGCACUCUCGGAGGUGCCGAAUCAGAGUGCAGCCCUAACGACAGUGGAUUUUAAUUGGUUAGACUCCUAGGCUGACUAAGGUGUCCGUGUGCUCCGCCCAAAUCCUAAGACUUCUAUGUUGUUCGUACAAUCCAAUUCAAGAGUUUUAAUUUCAUGGGUGUUAUGCGGUCGGCCAACGGGAUCGAAAGAGAAAGAAGAUUGAAGCGCUGUGCUAAGUUUCGCGACGCGCUGUACUCUGGUGUGAGGUGUUACGCGAACUGCUUAUAUCAAAAACGUGGUUUCUGGCGGUUCGCGACGGAAGUUCGGCGUGCAAUUUAAAACGAUCUGGCUUGAAGAGAAUUCUUAUCUAUUUUGAGAACACUCGUGUGAUUCUUCCGUUCCCACGGUGCGUGAACAUUCUUAUCGCUUAAUAAUAAUUGAUACAUAACAUUCUCACGGCGCAGCGCGUACAUAUCAUUAUUUUACAAUCCAGUCAUACUAAACAUGUUACAUUUUACAAGAUUUUUCCACGGCACAGCGCUGCCAGCAGGGUGGAAGUGGCGUGACGACGUUGAUUUCAAGGAGGGAAUGUGUAUUUUGUUCAAAAAUGAAUUUAAUAAACUACCGUCAAAGGCUAGGUUUGUGUUCGAUUAGAACGAAUUCGGGAUGGUAAACCAUCUCGAACACAUUCCUGCCGACGAAAUCAAGAAAAAUAAAAACGAAAAUGUCUGCGCGUAACACUGAGAACACUAUUAGCGACAUAUUGUUUGAGGCGAGUUUGAGAAAUCAGAAUAGGUACUGUGUAAAUAUUAACGAGAAUUUCUCUAUUUAGCCUGUUAUUACAAUGUCUAUCGAAAUAAGUAGCUUUUGUUUUGUAUCUCCACUAGAUGGGAUGUAAACAUCUCAAUUAACCUGUUUACGUUAAUCCCACUUGUUAUGAUUAGACUGUGAAUGUUUAUACAAAUUUAUAUUUUUGUAUACACCGAUGAAGAACAGAAACGUAAAUUAAAAUGUGUUUUGUUCUCUGAAUGUGUAACAUGUAUUUGUCUUUUAUAUAUUAUAUAUUUAUUUAUACAUAUCCUCGUUAAUUUUUGUAUAUUUAUGUCGCAACGCGAAACGAGCACUUGCAAAAUAAUUUCGAAGAACCAAGCCUUGACGAUACAAAUUUGCGAUGUCCAGCUUCAGAUUUCUACUAUUUACGUAAGUACUCGGCAUGAGAAACGUAAAAUAUCGGCCGGUCGCGAAUGUGUUAAUAAAUCAGUUACGAAGCCUCAUACACAAAUUCGUCAUUCUUCAUCUUCGUCUUACUUUGGCAUAAUUCCUUUGAAAGUUUAGAACGUCUGUUGUAAGGCACUAUGAAUGUUGAAAAGAAUGGGCGCAAAAUGGUUUAGCGGUUGAUUGAUUGAUUCGGAAAGAAGUGUGGGAUCGGAUGGAUAGACAGGUCAAGACACUUGUGUAACUCCGUUGAUUCCGUUCCUCACAAUUUUAUUAUGAUGUGGUUGUACUACGGACAGCGAUAC